AUGUCCUUUGUAUCAUUGGCCUGCCCACUUCCAGUAACUGAGGUUAUCAAAGGAUACCAUGACCUGUUUCCCUAUGCCCACGAGUUUUGGUUCGAUCAUUUAUCAUCAAGUGUCCACAUCGGAUCCGAGACAGACUUGCAGAGACUCCGAGACAAGACCAUGACGAUCUGGGCCUUAUUCAAGAAGGUCAAGUCAAGCAACGAAGUCGUUGAAACCGAGACCCGGAACUCUGAUGCAGAUGCAGAUGCCCUUCUUGCUCCUCUCUUCAACUUCUUGGGCCCGGCCAGAGAAUAUCACAUCUUCAAAAACCGCAAAUCUGAGAGUUCUAGAACGCAGUUGGUACCUCUCAGUGCAGAGCAGGACCCGACGAGACUCUCUGAAGCCUAUCUCAAAUACAGCUCGAUACUCGAGUCGCUUCUCAAUAACGACCCCUCACUAGAGGCCUAUAAAGCGCUUGUGUCAGCUAACGACUGGAAAGAAUUCGGCAAGAGACACGCACAUGGCGCUUACCGAUGCCGAUGGGCUGGAUGUACCCAAGGUUGGUCAGGAUUUCAAAGUGAACGAGAACGCGACAACCACGAAAAGUCACACAAACCUCAAUUCCGGUGCAGCGAUUUGGAUUGCCUCAUCGCUUUCGAUUCAAAAGGAGCCCUGAGAAACCACAGAAGACAGUAUCACGUCCAGGAGAACGACUGGACUCUGCAAGCGGGCGCCAAGCCAGAGAAUGGUACCAUACCAGAACAGCAGAUGACCGACGCGUAUGUUUCUGUGCCUCUCAGCGAGCCAGAAUUUGAACAGCCGUGGCACAUAUCGCCAAAUUUCGAAAUCAUACGACAGAACGCAUGCGAACUAGCCGAUAAGACGCAGAAGCGAGAGCUCGUCGGGAUCUUGGAGCGCAUGCCGGGUCCUGUGAAGGACGAACUCAGACGUGAAAAGACAGAACCGUUGGAGUACCAUUUCAGGAAGAAGGCGAUCGGAGACUUCAGGCAACUACAAGAUGAAGAGAUGGUGAAGAGAAAGACGGCAUCUGAAUCAACCGGUGCUCGCCCAGCCAAAGUGAGGAAGAUGAUGAAAAACACGGCAAGAGUUGAGCUUGCCGAGAAAAAGAUUGAUUCGUCUUUGAGCGAGGUACUUGAAAAUGUCAAAGCGAGAACUGAGGUGAACCCAGAAGCGGGCGGAGAUUGGACUGAUGGGGAAGUGCGAAGAAACGGCGUUCGUGUACCCCAGGACGUGGAGAACGACAACCAUUCUUUGCUCUGGAAGUAG